CAGCCCAUACAGCACACCCUCAUGACUGGUGUUGUGUAUGACGCGCUAAUGCUGAAGCACCAGUGUAUGUGUGGCAGUUACACCAACCAUCCUGAGCAUGCCGGAAGAAUACAAAGCAUCUGGUCAAGGCUGCAAGAAAGCGGGUUGCUAAAUAAAUGUGAGCGGAUCCGAGGUCGAAAAGCCAGUCUGGAAGAAAUACAGCUGGUUCACUCUGAACAUCAUUCACUGCUGUAUGGCACCAGCCCCCUCAACAGACAGAAGCUGGACCCCAGGAAAAUCCUAGGUCUUGUGCCUCAAAAACUAUUUUCAUUGCUGCCCUGUGGAGGCCUUGGGGUGGACAGUGACACCAUUUGGAAUGAGCUGCAUUCGUCCGGUGCUGCACGCAUGGCUGUUGGCUGUGUCAUCGAAUUGGCUUCCAAAGUGGCCUCAGGGGAGCUGAAGAAUGGUUUUGCUGUUGUAAGGCCCCCAGGCCAUCAUGCGGAAGAGUCAACAGCCAUGGGGUUCUGCUUUUUUAAUUCGGUUGCAAUUACUGCCAAAUACUUGAGAGACAAGCUAAAUAUAGGCAAGAUAUUGAUUGUAGAUCUGGAUGUUCACCAUGGCAACGGUACACAGCAGGCUUUUUAUGCUGACCCCAGCAUCCUGUACGUCUCCCUCCAUCGUUAUGAUGAAGGCAACUUCUUCCCUGGAAGCGGAGCCCCAAAUGAGGUUGGAAGUGGCCCUGGUGAAGGUUAUAAUAUAAAUAUUGCUUGGACAGGUGGCCUGGAUCCCCCCAUGGGAGAUGUAGAGUACCUCACAGCAUACAGGACUGUGAUUAUGCCAAUUGCCUCUGAGUUCGAGCCGGACAUUGUCUUGGUUUCAGCUGGCUUUGAUGCUGUGGAAGGCCAUGACCCUCCUCUAGGCGGGUACAAAGUGACAGCUAAAUGUUUUGGUCACCUCAUCAAACAGUUGUUGACGCUAGCGGGAGGUCGCAUGGUGCUGGCUCUGGAGGGAGGACAUGACCUUACUGCCAUCUGCGACGCAUCAGAAGCCUGCCUAAGUGCUCUGCUAGGAAAAGAGCUGGAGCCCCUCUCUGAAGAUAUCCUCCAUCAAACCCCUAAUGUAAAUGCGAUGGUUUCUUUGCAAAAGACUACUGAAAUCCACAGCAAGUACUGGAAGUCUGUGAAGCCUUAUGUGGUGCCAGUUAGCUGUAAACUGGCUGAGACUCAGAAGCAAGAGAGAGAGGAGACAGAGGCAGUGUCAGCUAUGGCCUUACUCUCAGUGGACGUUGAACAGUCUUUUCCACAAGAACAUGGCAGAACUGCUGGCGAGCCCAUGGAAGAAGAGCCAGGCUUGUGA